AAAACGAACAGCAGAAAAACCAUCAACAUGAAAAGGGCCAAAAGUUGGCUGUUUAUGGCAGCGACAGUGCUACUGUUAAGUGUGCUCGCCUCGACGGAUGCUGCGCUGCCAUUCAAGAAAGUCUCCAUCGCAAAAAAUUCUGCCUCCACGACCACAACAACAACAAGCACCACAACAGGACCCACCGAAGCGGCAGGCGAUGAUGAAGAGGCGCGAGAACCCAGCAACGAUACUGAUGAGGGCAAGUCUACGAAUUCCACGCUCUCGACAAAGGAUUCUAAGCUAACGGGUAUACCUCAGAUUGACUACAUAUGGGACCCUAAUUUGCCACGCGAAUUGAGGGGAUACAACUUGUCCAGCUAUCCCUUCCUGUCAACCGUACCAACGGAGGACGAUAUACACUUUAAGUGCGAGGGUCUGCACGAUGGCUUCUAUGCCUCAAUCGAGUACAAGUGCCAGGUCUAUCAUCAUUGCGUUUAUGGCAUACGUCACGAUUUUCUGUGCGCAAACUUCACGGCUUUUGAUCAACGAACCUUUAUUUGCCACUUUGUAUCCGAUGUGGACUGCGAGGGUUCGCAAAAGUACUGGAAUAGGAACGAUGAACUCUACAUGGCCACAACCACUACGUCGACAAGCACUACAACCACAGAGCCGCCGCCCACACCACGCCGAAGUGCGAUGCGUCCGAGGCGACCGUUGAGACGUCCAUACAAUCGCAGACCCAUCGAUGAUUACUACUACGACGAGGAGGAAUAUGAUGACGAUUAUUAUGAGGAACGCUUGAAUCGCCGCCAUAAGCCUAGACCGCGACAGCGCAAGCCCGUGGAUCUUGACUACGAUGAUGAAUACGAUGAUAAGCGCAGCGAGGAGAAGCCACGACGCAGUGGGGGGCGCAAUCGUUAUCGAGGCGAAGAUGAUCUCGACGAUGAUUACGAAGACCGUCGAAAUCGACAGCGCGCACGUCCAGGAAAAGCCGGAGCAACUGCUGAGCGGCGAAAGACCGCAGGUUCCCGAAAACCAGCACGUGGCGGGGAUGAGCGUCGCAGCUUUACUGAAGAGAGACUCGGCAGACGCCGCAGUAACGAGAAGCGUCCUACCCCCUCCACAUCUGCGGCCCUCGACGAGCUGGACGAUUAUGAGCGACCUUAUGGUGUAGAUCAGGAGGAAGCUGCCGAAGAGGAUGCACCACAAAAGAUAAAGACCACACCGAAGCCAUUGGAAGAAUUUAUAACACCUAAGGCGGCUCCAUCCUCUGUCUUCUCACGUCCACGUGCACCACCUCGCAUAGCCCGCCCUGUACCCAUCAAUGAGAAAAAGAAGUACGAGUAUCCGGUCCAGAAAUCUACAGCCACAACUUCAGCUCCUUCUGCAUCCUUGGCCGACGAUGACGAUUACUAUCAGCAGCAACCAGACGAAGACUACGAACAGCCACCUGCACGCAACACCGCCCGCAGACGCACUGCAGCUCCCAGCGAUUUGGAAGAGGUGCCUGUAAAGCGUCGCAAUCAAAAACCUACUCGACCCACACUACGUAAGCCUGCAACCUCUAAACAGGUGCUGCUGGAGGACGAAGAUUACGACAAUGAGCGUUAUGAGACGCGACGCAAACGUCCGCUGGCUGUUCGUACUCGUAAACCGGCUCCCGAUCUCGACUUUGUUGAUCCUGAUUACGAGGAGCACGAAAGAGUUCCUCCAGCACGAGCCACAGCCCAGCGUCUGCGGCCAAAGGUUGCAUCCGCGCGCAAGCCUGUGCCUCGGCCACGUCAACCAAUUAUUGAGGAAGAUCAACAACUAGAAUCGGAUCUGGAGUCUGCCGAUGAAGAGCCCCUGGCCCCAGCGGCACCACCAAAGACGCUCACAGCUGCCGGGCGAACUGCAUCGGUACGUGUUGUGAAACGUCCAUUCUUGCCCUCGCGUGGCGGCAGUCCCUAUUUGCCGCGUGGUUUGCAGCCGGUGGGCGUGGCACUAAGACCGCUGAUCGACAGUCGGACACGCACCACCGACAGUACACCCAUCGACAUGGGUUCAACCAUUUCGGGGGUGCGUCUGCUCGAGCAUGGUGCACCUUUGCUUCGUGAUGCGGGCAGCUAUGAAGACUUUAGUGAUCAGCGUGUGCCGGCACCGCCCUCACCUCCUUCGCCUACGCCACCGCGCACCACAUUGCCACCACGCAGCGCUCUGCCCACCGUUUCGACGCAGAAGCGGCCCGAGCCGCCACAGCCCAAAGUGAAUCUGGACGAGCUCUACGAGAAUGACUACGAUGUCACGCUCAAUGACGCGCUAGAUCCCACGCUUAAACCGCUUACGCCCCAACAUCAGCAUCAGCAUCAGCUUCAAAGCUAUAGUCGCCCCUAUCAGCAGCAGCAGCAGCACGCGCCCUCAUCCGCAGCCUCCGCAUUCAAUCCAUUCGCUCAUAAUAACUAUCAACAGGCGCAUCUCGCAUCUCAAUCUGCAUCCGCAUCAGCUUCUGCACCGCCACCAGAGCCACCGAACUACCAUAGUGAUUCAUAUUUCUCCUCGACAGAUAUACGCCGGCGGGCUAUUGUCCCGGCGCAGGUCGCGCGCUCGAACCGACACGAAUACAGUGCUGCCAGAGGAGCCGGCAGCCAGGUGAGCGCUCGAAUCGCUCAGCACUUUUACGAUGACUUUACAUAUUAGUCGGUACAAGUCUGUGAAAAACGUUUCUCCAGCUGUAAAUAAUUUCAACAAAAACUUUGGAACAUCGAGAAUUCGAUGAAUUUUCUCCCCUUUCACUGCCCUGUCGCUG